GUGUCGAUCGUGUUCGUGUUCCUGUGAGAGAGAAUGUUCUUGAGAUCUUUCGCUUUUUUACGUUGCAAUGUUGUCCUAAGCGGACUAGAGUUGACGGAUGCGUUUGUCUUAAAAAGACGGCGUUGCACCUGCCAUAUUUCUCGGCGCGACAAAUUUAUAUUAGUAACUAGAAGGCUCCGAAAGAAAACAAAACAAGCUUGUUGCAUGUUAUUUUAGCUGGGCAGAAAGACUGUGCCCUCGAAUUGUUAACCGUAUGUCCACAGAGGAACUGUCCACCUCGGACAGCGAGGCUGCCCUCGCCGGAGCCGGGGAGCGGUGGGCACCCGUGGGCGCCGUCGCAAACCCCGAGGAUGAACGGGGGAAAAGACGCUCGCUGGAGGCGACGGGAACCGGGCCGGCGUCGACGGGCGAGCCAGACACGGCGCUGCGGCUACGGAAGCUGGAGGAAGAGCAGGAGCAGUUGAAUUCGUCGCUCCUGGCCCUCACCUCGCACUUCGCCCAGGUGCAGUUUCGCCUCAAGCAGAUUGUCCGCGCGCAGAGCGAGGAGAAGGAGAGGAUGCUCGCAGAGCUCGAGGAGUUCGCGUUCAAGGGGUGUCCGCACGUGCUCGGCUGCCGGGCGCAAGAUGCCACAAUGCUGGAGGGUUCUGAGAAGCUGAGCGAGCGAGAGAAACGGGAGCGGCUGGAGGCUCAGAGGGAGAAACAGAAGGAGCUGAUCGUUCAGUUGAAGACGCAGUUGGAUGACCUGGAGCGCUUCGCCUACCAGGAGGGCAGCUAUGACUCACUCCCACAGUCAGUUGUCAUGGAGAGGCAAAAGGUGAUCAUUGACGAGCUGAUUAAGAAGCUAGACGUGAACCUAAAUGAGGACAUCGGAAAGCUAAGCCCCGAGGAGCUUCGGCAGAGAGUGGACGCUGCCAUCGCCCACAUCGUCAACCCCGUCCGGGUCAAAGAGCAGCUGGUCGAGCAGCUCAAAACCCAGAUCAGGGACUUGGAGAUGUUUAUUGACUUCAUUCAAGAUGAGGUGGGGAACCCCCUGCUGUCUGAUGGGGGGAAAGGCCCACAGGCUCGAGUGCCCGGCCCCGCGCCACGAACCCAGGGAGGAAUGAAGCAGGGUGCUGGGGACCCUGAGCAGGCGGCAUGGAUUCGUGACACAGGCCUGCAGCUCAUCCAGAGAGCCCUGGCCGUGCUGCAGAUCUUUGCCCUGAGCCAGUUCGGCUGCUCGGCCAACCGCAUGCCCCAGAGCAUGUGGCCUCAGGGGGAAGCCACCAGCGACUACGGCCCCUUGCUGCAGGGACUCGAGAUCGCCGUGGAGCGUGUGCGCUUCCAGGCGUCCCGCCGGCAACCAGCUGCCCCUGACGAGCACGUGGUGAGCUACGCAUCCGUCCUGCCCCCAGGGGGUGGCCAGGACGAGUUGACAGGCACCGUGCGGAAAGAGCUGGCACUGGCCCUGCGGGACCUGCUGGCGCACGGGCUGUACGCACCAUCGCAGGGCAUGAGCCUGGUGCUGGCACCCAUCUCCUGCCUGCUGCCCCUCAACGCCUCCCCCCGCACCCUGCACCCUUGGGAGCUCUUCGUCAAGUACUAUGAGGCUAAGAAUGGCCAGGCCUUCGUGGAGUCGCCUGCCCGGCAGCUCUCGCAGUCCUUCAGCCUGCCAGUAGAGGGCGGUGCAGCGGCGGUGACACCCAAGCAGUCGCUGCUGUGGGCCGUGCACAGCGUCCUACGCGAGCAUGGACGCUACAAGCGCAGCGCCGACUCGGAGUUCAAGGCCCUGGUGUGCCUGGCGCUGAACGAGCAGCGCCUGGUGUCCUGGCUCAACCUGCUGUGCAAGUCCGGCACGCUGGUGCACGCCCACUACCAGCCCUGGAGCUACAUGGCCCAGACAGGCUUUGAGGGUGCCCUGCGCAUCCUCGGCCGUCUCAGCCACCUCAGGUUCAACCUGCCAGUGGACUUGGCUGUGCGCCAGCUCAAAAACAUUAAGGAUGCUUUCUGAGCACAGAGCCCCCACCGGGAACCUCAGCCUGGGCUCGCGGCCCUUGAGAGGUCAGGCAGGGGCAUGCUGGAGUGGGAGGUGACUUUUAUGUUUGUGGUACCUGAGUUAACUCGAGGUGCUCUAUGUUAACAAUUUCUCUUCUGAGAAGCUUAGUUACACAUCUGUCAAAUUGCACUCUUAGGACACAUUCAAUGAUGAAUCACUACAUUUCAUAAGAGGGUUUCCGAACUGGACAAAAUCUCGCCAAAUCUAAAGCACUUUUGACAUACUUAUUAGUUUAGGUGCAAUAUCAUCUUUUUUUUCUUUAAUUUCAAGUUGUAAAGAUGAAAAGGCCGAUAUGCGUCUAUGCUGCAAACUAACAUCCUGUCCUACACUAACAUUCUCACUCUGCAAACUAACAUUCUGUACUACACUAACCUUCUUCACCCCGUUUACUAAUAUUCUUCUCUGUGCAUAAUAAAUUCUCACAUUGCAAUCUAAGGUUGUCGUGCAGAGACACCCUACACACAAACAUUUUCGUGCAUCCAGAAGCCCUGCAUAUUAACAUGCACACCCAUUUAAAACACUCAACACAGAUCCAUAACUACCAACGUGUUCCUUUUUAAAGCUGUUACCAAAAUCUUCUAAGAAGCUGCAUGAUUCGAACAUUUCAACGCAAGUGCAUUUUUGGGACAUUGUGUGUCCUGUUGACUAUGCUGCACCCAUGUAAGGUAUGUGUGUUUGCUGACAUGCCCCCCCCCCAACUCACCUCUGAAUUCUCUUCCAACCACUUUGGGCUUGUCCAGACGGAUAUCUGAGGCGCCGCUGCUGUAUUUCCUACACGGAUGUUCACUGUUUGGCCAAUCCUCUGCUUUUGACAUUGCAGACACAACUCUUGCAUUGCAGUCCAGUCAUAACAGUGUGGUCUUAACAUUAUAUUGUAAUACUGUAGCAUACUUACUUCGCUCUGCUAAGGACCAUGUAAAAGUCCUAAUUUGACAUUCACAUGGCGUUGAAAUAUUGGUUUAACAGCUCCUGUAACACAAUAAAAUUAUUUCCUACUGCUCCUGUUCUUACUGAUUGUGCUUCCCUGUGAAGUGGGAGUGUUGUACUGUGUGCCAAUACUGUAACACUACCUGUUACAAUACUAUAACGCUUCCUGUUACAAUACUGUAACACUACCUGUUACAAUGCUAUAACGCUCCCUGUUACAAUACAGUAACCCUACCUGUUACAAUACUGUAACACUACCUGUUACAAUGCUGUAGCACUACCUGCCAACCUCAUCUGAUGCAUGAGCUGUAGGCCCUUUAGAUGCUGAAGAUCUGACGGAAGGAGAGCCCAUGUGCUCAAGUUGUAGGACCAAACCAUAUCACAACGUCACACUCUAUGCUUAGGAGAAUCUUUGGGGGAAGGCAGGAAGUGGGAGUUCUUUCUUAUAUAUAAAGUCCUGUGUGGGUUGUGCUUACAGCGUAAAGCAUUGCUUCCAUUUCACACUGAUGGACUGAAAACAAGCCCCGUUGUCAACAUCUGGGCCACCUCCUCUGAAGGUGGUGGGAUUUAAUUCUAGCCCUUUGGUACCAUGACAGAUGUCUGUCUGCUGCUACAGAAGUGCUUUUAAUAGCGGUUUAAAAUGAAUGUGUAUCAAAAACGUUACUGGGGUCGGUUGCUGUAUGUUGAUCCUGACCUGGGAAUACACUGUUCUGAAGUUGCUGUGUUCACCGUUGUGUCGAGGUACUGCAGAAUGUUUCUACUAUGAUUGCCAUGAAGUCAGGAAUGUUUCUUCCAUGCCACUGUGCCCAGCUCCUGAUUUAGAGAGUGGUCUUUCCUCCAACUUUAUUAUGUCUUUAUCCUACAUUACAUUUGACAUGGUCCACUGGCUGUGAUGAGUGCAUUGCCUGCUUUUAACUAAUUACUCAGUUAAUCACGCAGUUCUAAUUUGCUCACACAAUACAUUUCAGCCUGACAGACUCUAUUUACCUUCUGAUUUGGUUAUUCCUGAGAUUGUACACGUGUGUGAUUUUUCAAAUAUAAGACUUAAGACUAAUUGAAAUAGCUGGGUACCAUAUAUCCAAUGGGUCAACACAGAGAUUGUUUAAUCUUAUUAACACUGUAUUUCAUCUUGCAUAAUUAGCACUUUUUCAGGUAUCUAAUUUCAAAAUGUUAGUGUCAAAUGUUAGUUUUUAGGUUUAUUGUGUUGUAGUCUUGCAUUUGUAAAAUUCAUUCUUUGUUUUGUAAAUUUUGUUUUUGUAUAUAUAUAUUUGUUUUGUUAUGAUAUAGUAGUUUUUUUUCCAGAGCUUUUUUUGUUACUUAUGUGGUCUGGUUCAUCUCACAAAUUGUGGAAGUUACUUUAGUGAUAUUUGAUUCAACCGAAUUGAUCCUAUUGCUGUAUUUAAACAAUCACUAAUGGGACAAUGAGAGGUUUUGUCUAUUUUUAUUUAAUAAACUUUGAAUGUAUUAAGUAGCCAAUAUAUCUGAAACGGAAUAAAAUUUAAACGCAUCCUUGAUAUGCUCCAUCUCA